UCCAGAAGUGAAAAAGUUCUAAAAAGUCCCUUCUUCGCCGGUAAUGCUCCUCAGAACGACUCGACAACUUCCAAUUCAGCUCCUGAUCGCCACUCGUACAGCACCCAUCAAAAGCUUCCAGCACUUCGCUAUCUUUGCCAAAUCCAGAAACUACAGCAAAAUGUCGACCGGAAUCAAGCAGAUCAGCACUGACAAGGCUAUGAAGCGUGAGUCGUUGCGAGCUCUCAAGCAGUCAACGCCGGUGGUUUGAUCUUCGUCUCUGGCCAAAUCCCAGCCAAGGCAGAUGGAACUUUGGUCACUGGCAGCAUUGCCGACCAAACCACUGCCUGCAUUGAGGGAUUGAAGAACAUCCUCGAGGCUGCAGGAAGCUCAAUCGCCAAGGUCACCAAGGUCACCGUUUUCAUCACUUCGAUGGACAACUUUGCGGAGAUGAACUCGGUCUACGAGAAGUACUUUGGCGAGCACAAGCCAGCUCGUUCCUGCGUUGCGGUCAAGGAGCUGCCAAAGGGUGUGCCAGUCGAGGUUGAGGCUAUUGCUCUGGCUUAGAUGGAAAGCAAGUGAAACGGAUUUGAAAGAGUAUCUUGAGCAAUUCUUCGUUCGGAUGCUUCUACAGUAUUGCACUGUUCAUACAACAAUCCCAAAAGCAAUUGAGCAAGGUUAUCAGUUGAAGGUCGCCUCCGCCUCUACUCUUGUUGUAUAUGGACCUGCUGCUUUCAAACUCCCAUCAAAUGCAACACCACACCAAUGCAGCCAGCUGAAAGCAGAAUUUGGCCCGCCUUAUCGUUCCAAUGCCUCGCCAUGCAAUGCCAUAUUCGAAGUGCCAGAAUUCCACACUCCAAUCUUAUCUUUCCUUCUUUCUUUUUU